CUCGGGAGUCACAACAAGUGACGCAGCAGGUUCGUAGUGUACCACCCAGUGGUCCUCCGAAGCAAGCGGCAAGAAAAGGCGGUGCUUUUGUGCCUCGAUACCGGGCGACACUCGCAACAAUGGUUGAUAUGUCCGAUAUGAAGGAUGGUGCUUUACGGGAAAUCGAUAUGGAUGAAAGUGUCUUCGGUAUUGAGUUCAAGUCACAUAUUACAAUUGAUGACUUGCAAGAGAUUUUUAACCAAGAUCAACUAGGCGUCAGUAAUAUGCAUUCAUACAUCCGGUUGUUGUAUGACAGAGUGUUGCGCGGGACUGCAUUGUCUAACAGAUUCCGGUUCGUGUCUUCCGCCCAUUGCAGCGGAAUGGAAAUUGUUUCGGAUCCGGAAUCUGUUAGACAGCGCUUAGUCGAUAGAUUCAUGUCCACCGGCAAUACAGAAUGUCUGCAUCUUUGGGCGUAUAAUACCCGACCAGUAGGAGCACACUGGUUGCUGCUUGCUAUCAACCCGAUAAGGGAAGUCGUGUAUUAUCUGAAUUCGGUAAAGGGUGAAUGGACCAAUUAUCCGGCCAUGAAGGAAAUCGUUGAUUUAUCAAUACAAGUAUUCCGUAGUCAACGGGACGCACAGGUAUCCCGGACUAAAUCAAACAACAUCACCUGGAUCGAAGGUAAUAGAAAAAAAUUAAUACUUGAAGAGUUAGUUAUUUACAACAAUUAG